AAAUUCAGGAUACGAGAAAUUUCCUGUCGCCUGUGUUGAGAGAUGAGCUGAUCUGUACUCGUCCGGGUGCGGGGACGACAAGGGGCGGGUUUUUGAAAUAUCAACACUAGGCGGAAGUGGACGGUUGGGAUUCAGUUGGGCUUUUCUUGCACAUCCUUCCAAUUACCAAUUUAAGGGGUCAGGCUGUGCCGGUCGACCUACGCCAAGGGGUUGGAGGAGACCUCCCGCCGCGCAUCCCCGCUCCACCUUCCAAUCGAUAGUUGCGACAGAUCGCGAGGAGCGAAAGGCUUGGACGCGAAGGCGCAACUCUUGAAUCUUGCAGUUUCUGAUUAGUUGAUUGGAAUGAUCCCUUUCCCCAAUGUCUUAAUGCAGCCAAAGGCCCUUUUUUGUUGUCAUCAUCAAGAGGUAUGAUCAUCUUGAUAUCUUUUAUAAGUACCUGAUCUUAGUUCUAAUUAAGAAAAAUGCUUGUGAAAGCUCGAUAAUAGCCAGCGUGAGCGUCUUCUUUUCCUACAGAAAUUUGGCAAGCAAUAAUCCGUACUAAUGAAUGGCUUUAAUAGCUGAUUUUACUCAAUUCUUUGUCUAUUGUCACCAGUAAUUGAUGUGCACUGUUAGUCCACAAACUUCUGGACAGAGAUCUAAUUGUUGUUGCAUAUUGGUGAACCUGGGAUAGAGGUCCAGUGAUUGAUGUGACAUAGAAGGGCAAAGUACAAAAUUACAGUAUUGGAGAAUUCAAUGUUGCAAUUUGCAUGCACAAGAUUUUCUGAAGCAGUGUUUGUGGCCUCUUCGAAAAGGGGAGUAUUUUGCCUUUAAACAGUGGAUAGAUCCCCUAAUGGUCUUCUGAUCGCUUGAAAUGUUCGAAUGAACAAUGUGAUGCAUUGAAGCAAAAGAGGAGUCAUCCAUUGCAGUAAUUGUUAUUAGCAAAGCUUUUGAUGGCAAGUAGCCAUCCAUCACAGCCACUGUGAACAGCUUGAGCUCGUUGGAUUCUCGUUGGAACCUGGCGGCGGCGAUUUCGGUGACCUAUCUUUCAGGUUCCUCAUCUUGUUCAAUGUGAAAGCUCGUUUUGUUCGUUGUCUUUGUCAACGCACGCCAGGGGAUACAGCUCAGAGUUCGUUCGAUGGAUUGGUCAGACCGCAACAAGAAGCUAUGAAGCCAUAGCAUAUGCUGGGUUCAGGAGGAGGAAGGGAGAGCAGAUGGAUAAGAGUCAGAAGAGUAGCCACAGGAGCCUCCCCAAGAGGAUCAUACUGGUGAGGCAUGGGGAGAGCCAGGGGAACCUGGACAUGGCGGCUUACACCACGACGCCGGACUACCGGAUUCCGCUCACGGUGCUGGGCGUCGAGCAGGCCCGCGAUGCAGGGGAGCGGAUCUGCCAGGUGGUGUCGGAGGGCGGGCGGGCGGCAGCGUGGAAGGUGUACUUCUACGUGUCGCCCUACGAGCGCACGCGGUCGACGCUGCGGGAGAUGGGUCGGGCGUUCCCCCGGAAGAGGAUCAUCGGGGUGAGGGAGGAGUGCCGAAUCCGGGAGCAGGACUUCGGGAACUUCCAGGUGGAGGAGAGGAUGAAGGCCAUCAAGGAGACGCGGGAGCGCUUCGGUCGCUUCUUCUUCCGCUUCCCGGAGGGCGAGUCCGCCGCGGAUGUCUUUGACCGGGUCACAAGUUUCAUGGAGUCGCUGUGGAGAGACAUCGACAUGCGGCGGCUGGAGCAGGAGGACAACGCCAACGUGAAUCUGGUGAUCGUGUCGCACGGCCUGACCUCGAGGGUAUUCCUGAUGAAGUGGUUCAAGUGGACGGUGGACGAGUUCGAGCGGCUGAACAACCCGGGCAACUGCGAGAUCAGAGUGAUGCAGCUGGGCCCGGGCGGCGACUACAGCCUCGCCAUCCACCACCAGCCGGAAGAGCUGCAGCGGUGGGGGCUGUCGCCGGAGAUGAUCGCGGAUCAACAAUGGCGGGCCACGGCCGUGCGCGGCCGCUGGUACGACAGCUGCCCCUGGCACCUGGACAACUUCUUCCACCACCUCAAGGACUCCUCGGAGGACGACGAAUCCUCGGACGAGCGCCGGAGCGCGUGAUGCAUGUGGAGUUGGCGUUUCCGAAUCGAUGGAGGGUUGCCUGUGGAGGCCUUGGCGUUUCCGAGUCCAUGGAGAAUUACCCGUCCUCCUCGGGCACGCGCUUGAACACAAGUGGCGCAGACGACUCCCCCUUCUGUCCUCUGGCACCGUUACAUCCCGCCACUCCCCCUUUGAUGCUUUGGUACAUCCCCGGGGGAAUGUACCGCAAUGAGGGAGACAGUGGCGCGUUCCUACCGACACGUGUCAGAUUGAUUGCGAAUUAGAGAGAUAAAAAAUAAGACUUUUGGUCGGUUCAA